CAUGCACUCUCUUUCUCUCUGUUCUUCGUUCAUUUUCAAGUUUGAUAUUUGACAUCAUCAUGGCAAGAGGUGGAAAACUAAUGAAGCUAAAAUCAGUGCUGAAGAAAUGGAACUCAUUCGGCAAUGGCAGCAAGCAUAGCCGCCACCACAGCAGCAGCGCCGUCGCCGAUGACGAGUCCUCCUCCAGAUCAGACCUCCACGCCGUCUACGUCGGCAAGUCCCGCCGCCUCUAUCGCGUCUCCUCCGACGUUGUCGACCACCCCGUCUUCCGGGAACUCGUCGAGAGAUCCCGCGAUUCCGACCAACAACAAAACGAAGACACUACUACGAUCAAUGUCGUCGCAUGCGAGGUUGUCCUUUUCGAACACUUGCUCUGGAUGCUCGAUAACGCCGACCCACAACCCGAGUCACUCAACGAACUCGUCGACUUCUACGCUUGCUAAUGCUAGCUACUAUCUAUCCCAUACCUUCCACGUGUCCCUAUCAUCCCACAUUAUUAAAAAAAACACGUAUAUUAUAUUAUACCACUUCCGAUUAAUUUUUAUAAGAAACAAGUAAUUGCAGUGUAUUUUACACAAAAACUUGUUUAUUAUAAAUAGAAUUGGAGAUAUAUUAUUGUUCUUAUAUUUAUACCUGUAAUACUUGCGUUUAUUUGUGACUGUAAUUUAAUUAGUUGUAAUAACUAACUUUCAUCCAUAAAUGUUGUCAAUAGUUAUAAUUUAGUAAUUAAGUUGAAUUAGUAAAUAUUUGUUGUAUGGAUUAGAUUUUACGAUGGUGAGGAUUGAUGUUGAGUUGGUUGAAGGGGUUGGAUUGAGUUGAUGGAGCGUUGGAAACUCUCCAUUCUCCAAUCAAUGUAAUGAAAUUGAAAGGAUCGAAAUUGUACGCAAUGUAUCGUGGAACUUGUUCAAUUAAUUCUUCAAUGAAAGGGAAAAUGUCUUGUUUUACCUCCGAA